AUGGAAAAUAAUACUAACUUCUCAAACCACGGAUCAGAAAGCCACAACUUUCACGCCAAACCCUUCGUUGUUGUGAACUGUGCCUUGAAUGCGCCAUUAAUGCUUAUAUCAAUUCUGGGCAACACGUUGAUUCUUGCUGCCAUUAUAAGGACUCCGUCGAUUCAUUCUCCGUCAAUGAUUAUGCUCGGUAGUCUUGGUGCUACAGACCUUCUGGUAGGUCUUAUCGCUCAGCCGUUGUUUAUUACAGAUGAGCUCAUUACGAAGAACCAUGUUCUUUACACUCUUUCCGCAAUGAUAGGAUUCGCCUUAUGUGAUAUUUCUCUCACAACCAUAACAGUUAUUAACAUGGAUCGUUUUAUUGCACUGCAAUAUCACUUGCGAUAUGCAACUCUUGUGACCAAUUCCAGAGUGAUGUAUUCUAUACUAGCGGUAUGGUUGAUUAUCUUGAUCUAUUCAGGACUUCGCUUAUGGGAUAACGUUCUAUUUCACCUACUUUCCGCAAUAUUUACCGGUGUUUACCUUGCCAUAUCCACGCUUUGUUACAUUAAAAUUUAUCAAAUCGUCCGACGCCAUAGAUUGCAGAUCCGCUCUCAAGAACAAGCUACAAAACGCCACAUCAUUCAGAAUCGCAUAGAAAAAAUGCGAUUAAAACAAAGCGCUUUGAACACGUUCGUUUUUCAUAUCUCCAUGAUUGCAUGUUACUUUCCCUCGUAUGUUUUGCUCUUUCUUUUUGGAAUUUCUUAUUCCACAUGGAAAACUGAAUGGACCAUCUCGACUACCGUUGUGUUCAUGAACUCGUCCCUGAAUCCAAUUCUGUUUUGCUGGCGUAUUCGCCAUCUUCGGGUUGCAGCUGUGAAGACGGUAAGAUAUAUGUUAUGCACCACCACUGAUUAAUUUAAAAAACAUUAACUUUUGUCAGACAAUUUUGGCUUUUAAGUGUAGUGACAAGCUGCGCUUAAGCUGGCUCAAUAGUGCUAAGAAUCCAAAUCUAUAUAAAAAAUUGAAUCAAUCGGGGACAUCGGAAAAUGUUGUGAAAUUAGUCAGGUUACGGCAUCUGUGCUUCAAAUCGCGAGAAUGAUAGACGGGCAAGUUUUUGCCUUUCGUUUAUACCCAAAACGCUUUCAAGAUUUGAGAGUUCCCAAAGCCUAUUGUAAUGUCCAUUACUAAGUAAUUUUGUAUUAACAAAUAAACUGUAGAAUUAAAUUUCCUAAGUUAGUAUUGCGUUGUUUUUUUAACAAAUCGAUUAUUUAGCAGUUUCUUUUAGUGUUAAUACCUUAUAGCUAUUUUUUUUCCUAUUUCCCUUGAAAAAACAUUGCAUUUGCAUUUCAGAAAUUUAGGUGGAAAACUUGAGACUUGAUGUUGAGAGAUGAAAAUUCAAAUUUUAAAAGAAAUAUGAAUAUAUAUAAGUAUUAAAAACUCAUGGCCGACUGAGUCCAUUAACUGUUUAAGUAGUAAAGAGGAGUUGCCGAUCAUUGCUUUUGAUAGGUUAUGACAUGGUAUACGUGUAGAAAUUGCAUAUCGACAGGACAAGUGGGUUUCCCCCCGAACCCGCAGGCACCUGUCUAUAACUAUGACCGGGAUAUAAAAAUAUUAGAGAAAUGUGUCUCCUCAUUCUUGCGAUGUCGGUGUUUUAAAAUUUAAAUCCCGCACGUGCGGUGUAGCAUCUGUCUCCCACGAGAACGUCAAUGACCUCUAAAGCACGAUUUUCAAACUUUAAUGACUUCCUUUCCUCUUGUUUCGUCGCCCUUUUGUCAGUAUUAUUAUUAUCAGUUUUAUUAUUGUUCGUGCUAUACUAUUAUCGUUAGCAAUGACAGCUUUCAUUGGCGUCUGUCCAUAUCAGUAUCAAGUUUCUUACUCAGUGCAACAGCUGUUGUUACAAAGUGCGACAGCCCAUCUUAGUAUAAAAUGCGAUGGCCCAUUAUUGGAAAGAGCGACAUCUCUUUUAUUAUAGAGAGCAAGGUAGUCAAGUAAUUUUGGAAAAUGCGAGGACACACCCCCUCAACUCAUUCUAACAUUUUCUUAUCUCAGCCUGCCUUUGAAAGCUCAUUCCAUCGAUAAAUCAGUCAUUUUUCUAAUUUUAGUAGAUACAAAGCACUAUAUUCAAAUUUGAAAACUUAAGAGCCUUCUGGUUCGUAAUUUGACGACAGAUAAACAAACAAACGCAGGCUGUAGAACAGCCCAAAAAUAAUUCAUAUUGCACUGACGAGUUUGGCUGCGAACAGUAUUUAAUGUCUUGUUCAUCAAAAAGCCUUAAAGUUGCUGUUAAAUCACUCAAUUUAGUCUCUUCACUUUGAAUUAUUGAUGUAAUCAUAUGAAAAGCCACGUAAGAAAGACUCCCAAAGAGGAACUACAUUGCCCAUGACAGAUUGGUAACGCUUGACGUUGAAUAAGCUCAGCAGUUAAACGAAUGUUUUGAGGAGGCCUUCAAACGUAGUUCCGUUCACUUCUUUAUCUGUGGAGGAUAUGAUUCAUCCGCUGUCUUUUUGCCUAAAAACCACGCAAUUUGUUUACAACGGAGCCUACUAUCUGUUUUUGGAAAAGCUAUGGUAGCCCAGGUAUAGCCGUAUCCCCCCCCCACCCCCCACAAGGUGAAACGCGAGCGUUCCGUUUCUCCUAAGGGGGGGAGGGUACGGCUACAUGUAGACUACAGCUAUGGGUUCGUCUGUCUCUGCUGUCUUUGUCAAUCUGGAAGACGUGGAACAAAAUGCUUUGAGAGGGUGGCUUUAAAAUAGUGGAUGAAAGAUGAGCAACAUCAGCAGAGAUAACAACGGAUCGGCAAAUCAUGAUUCCUUCAGUGAAGAACCUGGUAAUUCUCAAUCAUUACUGGUAAUCAUAAACUGUGUUCUGAAUGUUCCUUUGGUGUUCGUAUCGCUUUGGUAAUACUUCCUAUUACAAAAACCCCCUCCAUUUGUUCGUCUUCUUCAAUGAUCAUGGUGUGCAGCCUCGCGCUUACUGACUUUCUCGUUGGACUGGUUGUACAGUCACUUUACAUCGGGCAGCAACUCUCGAGAAGAUCCAAUUUACUUGCCCUCGAGGCAAGCGUAGGCCAUUCUGUUUGUGGUGUUUCAUUUUUGACGAUAACAGCUAUAAGUCUGGACCGUUUUCUCGCUCUUCAUUAUCAUUUACGAUAUUUUACUGUGGUUACCAAAUUCCCCAUCAUAUGUACCGCUGCAAUCAUUUGGCUGUUCAGUUCCCCAAGCAUGGCACUUUUUUUUUGGAAUAGGCGUUUACAUCGCACAUUUGUUGGAUUUAUCGUCGUAGUUUGUUUCAUGGUAUCCACCGUUUCGUAUGUAGGUAUAUACUGCAUCGUUCGUAAAAACCAAAGACAAAUUCACAUCCAGAAAAAUAUUGUAGAAAGCUUCAGAAGUUGAAAUAAACAUCCUGCGUUUGAAGAGAAGUGCUGUGAACACAUUCUUGUUCUAUAUCGCUCUUAUUCUGUGCUAUUUCCCAUUUUUUGUAUUUAUUACAUUGACUGGAGUAUUUGGGCAGAAAUGGAGCUAUGGAGCUUUUCAGUCACUGUAGUAUUCAUGAAUUCAUCUGUAAACCCAUUUUUGCAUUGUUGCCGUAUUCGAGAGCUACGCACUGCAGUUUUGAACACACUGAGAAAGAUGUUGUGUAGAAAAAGCGUCCAAAAGCUUUUGAUAUUCAUCGCCUCUUAGAAAAACGCACUGCACUGGUUAAAAAAAGAAAGUAGGAAAAUUUUAAUAAGCUUGAAUAAACGCAUCAACUGUUAAAAUGUGAAAACUGAGGAAGUCCCUCAAAAUCGUGCUUCACUGGCGCUGGGAAACUUUGAUGUUUACAUGGAGGAUUUGUUCUGAGUUUUUUUCAUUUAUCUAUUUAUUAGUUACUUUAUGGAAAGAAACGAAUGUCUCAGUGGGAAAUCUGGCUUGCAGUCCUCCUUGAAAGGAAAAAGAAGAGAAAAAGAAAAGGAAAGAAAAAAAAAUCACCCUCGCCUAAGCAGUCAAAGACAGAUGAGGCAAACUUGUUUACCCAGUCUCAUCGGAAUGGUAUAGAAAACCCGCUUGUUCGUUUUGCUUCAACGGCGAUGAAUCCAAUUUCCAGGCUAAAAGACUUUUUAACUUUCCGGGAGAGACGGGGGGUCUCGAAACUUAGGCCAUUACUAGGAUAUAAGGGUUUGCGCCAAGGUUAUUGGGCAAGAAUUAUCCAUCUCAGACGGCAAGAUAGACCGGUGUUUUCAAACUAGGACUCGCAAAGCUAUGUACGUGACUAAUUCAGACCAAUUAAAUUGCUAAUUUUGGGCAAGGUUUUUAAUUUUUCCUACUCUUAUAACAGAAAGUAUGAAAAGAUAAUUUGAGACGACGGAUUUGCGCGACAAAAUGAAUUUCCUGGACGCAGAUUGAGCGAUUCUCAUCGUUUAAUUAAAAAUUGCGAAAUCUGUUCAACUUACUCGAACUUAUCAAAAUUCAAUAAGAAUUGAGCUUUUCUUCGGGACUUCUUAAAGUUAAUCAGGAAUAGUUAAUUUAUUACUGAUUUCGAAACACGAUCAGAUGUCGUUUAGCCAGUCAUAUUGACACCCUGCAAAGUCAAUGUUUUCGCAGCUAUUUCCACUUUUACUGUUAUUUUUUUUCCACAACUUGUUCGGUGUUAUUCCAGUAGUGUUACUUGAAUAUUAAAUAGAGUUCAGUUAAUUUAUCACAUGGGAUAAGGUUGUAUUUCAUCUACUUUCCGCAACGUUCACCGGUGUUUGUCAUGUAAUAUCCACGCUUUGUUAGAUCAAAAUUGAUCACAUCGUCCAACGCCAUCGAUUGCAGAUCGGCUCUCAAGAACAAGCUACAUAAAGUCGCAUUCAAAAUCGCACUGCAAAAAUGGGAUUAAAACAAAGCGCUUUGAGCAUGUUUGUUUUUUUUAAAUCUUCAUGAUCGCUCGUUACUUUCCCGCGUAUAUUUUACUCUUUGUUUUUGGAAUUUCUUACAUAGCCUGGACCGAGACCAUCUCGUCUAUCGUUGUGUUUAUGAACUCGUCCCUGAAUCAAAUUCUGUUUUGCUGGCGUAUUCGCGACCUUCCAGUUACAAUGCUGAAGAUGACUGAAGGGAUGUUGUGUACUCCACAGAUUAAGAUUAAAAGAGGCAACUUUUGUAAGGCUGAACAUUUGCAGCAACUUUCUGACACCUUACAUUGACGACUGCAUCGGCGCUACCUCCUCUACCAGAGAGCUCAAUCAAUUUAUAACCACCGUCACUUCCUUUCACCCGGCUCUUAAAUAUACCUAGGAAAUUUCCGACACCUCUUUGGCUUUUCUAGACAUCAAAAUUUCAAUUGAAGACAACGGUUUAUGCACUAGUGGUUACUACAAUCCUACAGAUUCACAUAGUUACUUGUCGUAUUCAUCUUCGCAUCCAUCACACGUUAAGAACUCCAUACCCUUUUUCAUAGUUUCUCAGACUUCGUCGUCUAUGUAGUGACGACUCCGAUUUUUCCGAAAAAUCAGAGACAAUGUGCCAGUUUUUCGAUAAACGUGGUUAUCCUGUUUCUGUCGUUCAAGCGGGCCACCACCGCGCCCAAAAAAUUGAUCGACAGUCAGCACUGCAAACGGCUGAUAAAAGGAAAACACUGACCACAUUCCAUUCACUCUCACAUUUCAGCGUCACAACCACGCGGUUAAAUCUAUCAUUCUUUAAAACUUUAAAUUACUGCAAAAUGAUUCAGAGACUGGCACUAUCUUUUUGCUACCCCCACUAAUUUCAUUCAAACGUAACAAAAACAUAGGCAACUUUUUGGUCAGAAGUUCAUUUCAAACCAAUGACCGAUUUUCAACUUUCAAACGCGGUCGCUCACAAUGCAAAACUUGUCCUUUCAUUCAUAACGAAGAGAAAAUAUCGGGACCCAAGAGAUCCAUUAAGAUCACUGAUCACUUUACGUGUACCUCCGCCAUUGUCGUUUACUGCGUAACUUGCACUUGCAAGAAGUUAUAGAUUGGUGAAACAGGAAGACGACUAGGUGACCGAUUCCGAGAACACUGCGACGUGGAAAGAAAUGACAAAGACGCAAACCAGUCGCCAGACACUUUAAUCUCCUUAAUCAUUCUAAACAACAUAUGGCAGUUUGCGGCGUCUCCUUACAUCAAGGCAGUUCGGAAAGCCACAAAACACUAGAACAAAAAUUUAUCUACCAAAUCGGCACCCUUAAUCCCCACGGCAUCAACGAGUGCUUUUUACUUAAAUAAUUUAUUCUUGUUUUCUCGUCACCAUACUCCCACCAAUAGCAUAGCUCCACUUUCUGCAUAUAAACUUAUACACAUCCCACAAUUCUUCCAAUCGCUCUGACGAAGGGCUAACGCUUGAAACAUCAGCUUUUUUUCUCUUUACGGUGGUCAAUUUACGUUUUCAACUCGGUUGUUAACACUAAAUCACCUUCCAACUGAGCUGAUUUGCUGUGUCAACUUUGAAAUAACGUUUGUGCAGAGACAGAUGACUUGAGGCCUAGGAUGGAAAAUAACACUAACUUCUCAAACUGCGAAUCAGGAAAUCACAACUUUCACGCUAAACCUUUCGUCGUUGUGAACUGUGCCUUGAACGCACCAUUAAUGCUUGUAUCAAUACUGGGCAACACGUUGGUUCUUGCCGCCAUCAUAAGGACUCCGUCGAUUCGUUCUCCGUCAAUGAUCAUGCUCGGUAGUCUUGCUACUACAGACUUCCUGGUAGGUCUUAUCGCUCAACCGUUGUUUAUUGCAGAUGAGCUCAUUAUGAAGAACCACGUUCUGAACGCUAUUUCUUCAAUGAUUGGAUUCGCCUUAUGUGGUAUUUCUCUCACAACCACAACAGCCAUUAGCAUGGAUCGUUUUAUCGCCCUGCAAUAUCACUUGCGAUAUGCAACUCUUGUGACUAACUCCCGAGUGAUCUAUUCUAUAGUAGCGGUAUGGUUGAUUAUCUUGAUCUCUUCAGGACUUUUCUUAUGGGAUAAGGUUUUAUCUCACCUACUUUCCGCCAUACUCACCGGUGUUUGUCUUGCAAUAUCCACUCUUUGUUACAUUAAAAUUUACCAAAUCGUCCAACGCCAUCGAUUGCAGAUCCGCUCUCAAGAACAAGCUACAAAAAGUCACAUCAUUCAGAAUCGCACAGAAAAAAUGCGAUUAAAACAAAGGGCUUUGAACACGUUCGUUUUUUAUAUCUUCAUGAUUGCAUGUUACUUCCCCGCGUAUGUUUUUCUGUUUCUUUUUGGAAUUUCUUAUUCCACAUGGAAAACGGAAUGGACCAUCUCGUCUACCGUUGUGUUUAUGAACUCGUCCCUGAAUCCAAUUCUGUUUUGCUGGCGUAUUCGCCAACUUCGGGUUGCAGCUGUGAAGACGGCAAGAGAUAUGUUAUGCACCACCACUGAUUAA